ACUUGCUUCUCAAAUUCAGAAAUAUGACUUUUCCUUUGCUUCAUUACUCGAGGCUUCAGAUUGUUUCAUAAUUGUUGUGGAUCAUUUGUCCCUGCAAAAAUAAUUGUUGCAGAUUGUUCGAUUUGUUUCCUAGGCUAUCCUGGUUUGUCUCUCGAAGUAAUGUCAUUUGCUAUAGUCUCUUAGAUAUACUACUGUAUUCUUGACAUGUGAAAAUGCCAACCAAUCUAAUUUAUGGACUUUAUUUGUAUUUUAGAACCUGGAGGAUGGAUACAAUCUGCUCCUGCUCAUGGCGCAGGAGGAUGAAAGCCUGUACAUGGAGCAAAACCUUAAGCAAAUAUUUUGCUUCGGUAUUGAGAUGACCGCCUACAUGUCGAGUUCAUCAUCAGCCAAUCUUUCUUGGAUCUCACUAGGUUCAAACAGACCCCUGUUCACGAUUUUUAGAGUUUCAGCAGUUUCAUGUCAAUUUGUUCCUUCGAAGGUUAAACAUUUCGUCCGCUCACCCAUUGUGGAUCAUGGGAAAUCACGGUCUUCACCACAAAGGUUGUUCUCUUCUUCCAGAUUCAUGUGCCGCUACGUCAUUUGGCAGACAUAUGGUUGUUGUGUCUGUACACUAACGGACAAGGAGCACACAGCGACUCCAAGGGUGCGCUUCAUAAUAUGUAAUUUAGUUUAAGAACAGUAUAUCUUAGUCUUAGGUGUGUAGUUUCAGUAUGCUCACUCAUGGACAUAGGUCAGCGAUAUAUGUUCUAGCUAGAAUCUAGAAUGAGAGUAUAUUAAUCUCUUACCUUUAUGAGUCUGAAGCAAGGUACAAUCCAAUUUAGGAAUAGAAAAGAUGGAUAAUAUUGUUGUUAUCUUCUUUGCUUCAUGAUCAUGAUAAUUUGCUUA